AGUCCUAUUUCGUAACCGUGUACACUUUGUUUCCUUAUUUAUUUUUUUUAUACUUUUGAUGCUUGAUAUUAAGUCUCGUACAUUUGUCAAUUGAUAUAUGAGGUAGUUAUAAAAAGUUUUCGAUUUUAACAAUUAAACAAAAUAUAUUUUCGUCAAUUGUCAAUGACGACAAGUCUACAAAAUGGCCGACAUUUUAGUGAGAACGUUUUAAUUUGAUACAGGGUGUACCCGAAAAACUUUUAAACGUUUUAUACCCUCGUUUCUGAGUUAUAAGCGUUUAAAGUUGCGAAAUCCGAAAAAAAUCAUCGUAAAUUCGAUUAUUUAUUGAAAAUAUUUACGAGAGGCAUUAAAAUCAACGAAUUAAUCAAUCGACGAAGGAUAUUUAUUCGAAAUUAUACAAACUGGUACGUAAAAAACAAUUUGCAGUACCACGUUGUUAUUUUUUUCAUAAAACAUUUGUUUAUUUAUAUAAAAACGACCUUGAAACACCUUAAUUACUAUAAAAUACAUAGGAAAUUGUUAAAAUUACAAUCGACGCAUGAAAUGCAGUGUAUAAAUUUCAAAUUGAUUAUUAUUUUUAAUAUGGUACGUGCUAAUGCUUGUUUAGAUUUUUCGCAAAGUGAAAUGGAAUUAAAAUUGAUUUUACCGACACUACAAACACAUCCGCGCACCCAUAAACAUCCAGAAUAUUCUUUUUAAAGGUUAGAUUUUUCUUUAAUAUAGGUUAGGUUCUAUCAUAUUCAACAAACGGAAACACGUGGAAGCGACCCCUAGCGAUAACAACCGACGUAGAGCUGAAAGAAGAAGUUUUAAGCCAGGUUCGCAUCGCGGCGACGGAUUACAACGACUCAAACGUAUAGAAGAAGAAUUAUGGAAUCGUUAAAUGCGUCAAUUAGUGCCGAUAAACACGUUUUUACUUAAAAAAACCUCCAAUAAAUACUAUUAAAUGCGAAGUAUUUUGUUUUAUAGAUUAUAUUAGUUCGUGUUGGAUAGCGACGGCUCUGUCGGCUCUGAUAUUCUUCAUGAUGAUCUUACUGGUACUAUCGACUAUAACGGCGGCCAGUUUGCGAGUACCUAGGUGCGCGGCAUCACCACGAACCGGCAACACUACCAUCCAUCUAGUUCACGUACACGAUUCGUUCCAUCCGGACAAUCGAACCGUCAAAUUCGUAAGGGAAAUCUUGGGGUUGUAUCCCGAUUACGAUAUGAGAUUAUUGGAAAUAUACGACAAACAACAGCACGGUUACAACUUGGAGUCGAUGAGCACCGAAAUGAAUAUCGAGGAGAAUUCGAGUUUUAUCGAAAAUACAUCCGCGUCCGGUGUAUCGACGUCGAAAAGACAGAAGAUAUUGAAAAGAAGAAAGGAAAUAGAAGACGCCCAGAUGUUAUUGAAUAUGUUAUUGCACGCUAGAUUGGUCGAUAUAAACGAACCCUUGAAAACAACCCCUAAAUCUAUGAGUAGUACAAAAAAAUCGGUGGAAACUAUGGAAAAGUUAAUAGACGAUUACCCUAAGAUAACCUAUAAAAAUACGACUUAUCCCGAAGCAUUUUCCGACUCGCCCCUGUAUCCUCAUUACCUGAUUAUGGACGAUAAGUUGAGGGUGUUCGCGAUUCGAGUGCUGCAAAUAUGGCAGUACGGCGGCAUCAGCUUCGACAUCGAAAACCCGAAUUUGGAUUUGCACGAACGCCAUUUUGUAAUACCGGAAAAAGUGGCGAACGGCGACGAGUUCGAGGAAACGGUCGUUGUGGACGAAAAGGCGUCGAGAUUGGAAAGUAAAGUGGCCUGUCACGCGUUCUUCGGACAGAUCUUGAUGAUUUUGAGGAAGGCCGAUAAACAUACGACCGUCAACGAAAUCAUGAGACGAACUAUCAAAAGUUUUUGUAAAAAUUACGCGGCUGGCUUGGAGAAUUGUAAAAAUUACGCGACUGUUUGAAAUAUUUUUCUUAUAAAUAUAUUUUUUUAGUUUUCAAAA